AUGCUGAAGAAACCAAAUUUUUUUGUUCUUGCUGCAAAAAAAACUAAACUGGUCACUAAAUUUACAAGACAAAGUAGGAAUAAGAUAUUAAAAUUUGCCAGAUGCAAUUCUUGCAAUGAACAGAAUAAACAAAGCAGAAAAAAUAUCAGAGCUGUUAUUGCUAAAAUAAAGAUUGAAAAGAAAUUAGUUAAUGAGAAUGCAUUAAUGCCUGAAUUUAAUCAAAAUAAUAAAUCUGAAAAUUUUUGUAAAAUUAUUGAUGUUCUGGUUAUGCCUCUUCAAACAAAAUCAAAAUAUUAUUAG